ACCCAAAAUCCUCAAGCCCUCAAGAUGACUAAAGGUACCUCGUCUUUCGGUAAGCGGCACACAAAGACGCACACCAUCUGCCGCCGGUGCGGCGUCCGUGCGUUCCACCGUCAGCACAAGACAUGUGCGCAGUGUGGCUACCCGUCCGCGAAGACCCGGUCGUACGAGUGGGGGCAGAAGGCCAAGCGCCGAAAGACGACGGGGACGGGCCGGAUGCGCUAUCUCAAGGACGUGCCCAGGAGGUUCAAGAACGGGUUCAGGGAGAACACCGUCGCCAAGAAGCGCACCCGUGCCACGACAGAGGCAUAAAUCCCAUAAUGCGCGCCAUCCUCCCGCUUCCUCUGCACGAGGUUCCUACGCUUUGAGGGUCAUAGUUAUGUUUGCUCGACCGCUUGUCUCCGCUACACUGUCUUUCUAUAUUGCAAGCCGAUACAGACGAAUACAUGAAGUAUGCUAUGCGUUCCUAUGUAUUUGCAUGGGUGACUGGGGAAUGCGAGUGACCGUUGGAGCGAUGGGAUCCAUUGCAUGGCG